AUGGCUGAUUUUGGACCAUCAGCGCUAGGCACCAAAGAACACUGGGACAAUACUUACGAAGUGGAGCUAGAGAAUUUCAAAAGUCACGAAGAAGAAGGGGAAAUAUGGUUCGGUGAAAAAGUACAGCGUGAAGUGGUCCAAUAUUUUAUCAAUAAAAUAGAAAGCAAGUCGGUCUGUAUCAUGGAUAUUGGCUGUGGAAAUGGAGUUUUGCUGAGGCAGUUGGCAAAUAAAGGCGGAUUUUCCAAUCUUAAGGGUUUCGAUUACAGCGAGAAUGCAAUACAAUUGGCAAAAAAUAUUGCAAAAGCAGGAAACGAGCUGGAAUCCAAGAUUGAUCUCUUUGUGGGUGAUUUUUUGGAUGGUUCUUUUGCUCAUCGAUGUGGCAUCGCUUUAGAUAAGGGAACAUACGAUGCAGUAUCUCUGACGACUCUUCCGGACGCCUCAAAGCCUCUGGAUUUCUACCGACAACAGUACAAAAACAGUCUGACUCAAUGUUUUAUGCCGAAGUUGCAAUUCUAA